AUGGCAGCAAUCGAAGGCACAGGCUCUGACGACCCCGAUGUGGCUGGUUCCUAUGUGGUCGUCGUGCCCAAGUCGGACGCUCCGCUUGUGAUCUCCCCCGACCUCGACGCACUCCUCGCUCACGACCAGCGGACGCGUGAGCCCGAGACACGGUCCCUGGGCCAGCCCAAGGCAUCCGGCCUUCCCCCUCCCCCGAGACCCAAGAAGUCCGCUGUCAGCAGGCGACCGACCUCGCCUGUCAUCACCAGGAUUCGCGACGCCGAACGGGUACCGCCUGUCCCCAACCCGUACAUCAACCGUCCGCCUGCGCUUGAAAUCCGUUAUCAGGCGCGGGUAUCUCAGGACGAACUUCCCGCAACCGUCGCGCAGGAAAUAUCUCCGGACUCCCCCUCUACGCAGUCGACUGCGUCGUUGGAAGACGUACGCCGUUCCUCCGGGGAAUCCUCGCGUUCAAAUCGCAUUCCGCACCCCUCUCUGUCGCUGCCUCGAGUAGACAAGGUGUUGGGCAUGGCGAAGGGGGCAUUCAUGAAGUUGGCGGAUAAUAACGGUCUUAAGCGGGUUGACGGAGGGCUCGUGUCGGACGCGUCUUCGACCGAUCUGUCCAACACGCCGCCCGCAGUGUCGCACGUUCCUUCGUCGUCACAGGAUGCCACCGAGAGCAUUGGCUCCUCUACUUCGCGGCGACGCCCUCCCGAACAUCGCAUCAGUAUAUCCAGCACGAUGUACGCGUCGGAUUCAAGGUCGUCGCUGGAGAGCCACUUUUACCGUACCGGGCGGCCAUCCGCUGAAGGCUCACAACCCCCUACUCCAUAUUCACAGGACGGGGAGCUCCGUUUCCACCACUCACCUGACCGCGAGUCAUUCAUCGAUCUAGCUUCUCCCAGCUCGCCACCGCCGUCGGCAUUCCACUUCUACUCAAGCUCUCACUCCAGGAAUACGACCCAGUCGCCCGCCUCUCCGGAUCGCCGCAGCGGGAUGCCGAGUAGUCCAGGUCCGGAAGUCUCACAAGCACGCGGCUCCGCUGCUUGGCUCAUGCGACCGUCGCUCACGGCUGCUCGUCGCUCAGCAUCCGUCGAUCCACCAUUAAGCAGGGUCAAGGCGGGAUCCCGGCAAGCGUCGCCCGCCCGAGGCAACAAACGUGAACUGUUGCCGACCUUGCCUCCCACGACGAACAUCCUCAACUCCCAUGAACGCGCUGAAUUGAUCAAGAAAACCAGGAAGAUAACGAAGAUGUUUGGUCAGACGCCGGAUGUCGUCUCUAGUCAGUACCCGGACAGCCCAUCGAACCGGCUACUACUACCUGUUGCUUCCGGCAUCAACAAGGGACAUACGCGAGGCGCGGCAUCCAUAGCGUCUUCUGCGGAAGCUUCUACUUCGCAGAAAUCGGCACAUGCCUCGCAACGCCCUCAGUACACAUCCGUUACGGGUCGUCGACACUCGGCACCCUUGAGCCCUGAUCACUUCUCGUUCUUGUCAGAUAUGGAUCCCGAGCAAUCUCCCAAGUCACCGCCUUCAAUCUCUGAAGCUCGCCGAGCAGGCGUCGACACUGGUAGUGAUGGUGAAGUGACAUCUCGAAGAGCGCCUGGCCCAGAUCGAAAAUCGGUCGCCCAGAUCUCUCCGACGUCGUUCAUGGACUUCACCGAAGGGGACCAAACCGACGAUACUUCUACUAUUGCUGCCGCCUCGCCAUCCCCAGGACCCGGGAGACUUUCGCAGUUUUCGGUAGUCACGCCGUCCAUUCUCGAGCAUAUGACUCCAGAGGAGAGAACCGAGGAGGAGCGCAAGCGCAAGCGCGAACGGCUGGCAAAGCUUCAUCGCUUUCUGGGUUCACGCGUACCUCCUGGGUUGGUGCUCGAUUUACCGGACACAGAGCCCACGUUGCCGCCACCGGCAGCAGUCCUCGAGCGUUCGGUCUGGGAAGCGGGUGAGGUAAAGGCCCGGCGCCGCCGGAGCAGCUCGGCGGCUGUUUUCCCAACUAGGUGGUCCGAUGAAGUUGAUAGAGUGAAGCAAGAACUUGACGAGCACGAGAAGGCUAUCAACGUCCGCAGGGCACUGAAGAUGGAACGCGUGUUCGGAGUUGCACCCCCACAAACGCUCUAUCAUACCCGCCAGGCAUCUGUAGCUCUCCCACUUCCAUCCCCGCCCAUCAAGGGUGCGGUCUCUCAGCCUGUCUCACCGGUGCUAGGAGGACGCAAUCGGCCUCCAGGACUUGCGAUCAAGCUAAAGUCGAAGAAAAAGAAGGCGGAAAGACCCGGGACGUCUGACUCUAACAAGCAACUACUACCUUCAAGAGGUGGCGAGGAAGAGGACUCUCCAGACGGGGCUUCACAUUUAGCUGGCGAUGUCUACGGGAACUACCGUGCUUCAUUGAACUCUCUCUCGGAUAUCAUCGACAGGGAUGACCGUCAGUCCCUCGCCGAACUUCACGAAUACCUGCAUAGUGAUGCUAUCGAGUCCUUUGUUCAACUGGCUGCGCAGAAAUACGGUCAAGCAACCGCCAAUUCCAAUUCGGACGAGAUCUCCGAAACAUCCUCGGUGCUUUCACAACGCCGCCGCUCGCUCCCCAUGUCCUCGUCUUCUGAUGUAGCCACUAUCGCGGAAAGCCCUGUUCCGGGGUCUUCGUUCCAAGUACGGAGAAGACGCGCGGCCAAGUUGACACACUUCUUCGGCGUGGACUAUUGCGAACUGGUCGGCGAAAUCCUUGACAGUAUCGAGAAGGGCGUGGAAGAGGAAAGGGGUAGGGGUUCACUGCGUCCGGAGGAGGCUCAGGUCGGCUCACCCUUCUACGUCUUUCGGAUCCUACUGAGCAUCGCCUUCCUCACAGGACUUGCUUUCACGGCUCAGGAAGUUGAAAAUGAAGGGAAUGCGUUGACUGCUUGCAACUUAUGCGGAAGUCUUGAGGCUAGACCUUUGGACUGA